AUGGCCAAUAGCAAAGGUGUUGAAGCACUCAAAGGAACUUGGGAUCAAGUAAAUGAUGAAAAUAUGGACGCAUUUCUGAAAGAACUUGAUGUGGGAAUGGCAAAACGUAUGGCAAUUAAAAACAUCAAGCCACGUCUUGUUAUUGGUGAAAAUGGUGGCAAAUGGACGAUUCGAUCUGAAAGUACACUUCGAACAAAAACAGUGGAAUUUCAGCCUGAUGUCGAAUUUGAAGAAACAACGAUGGAUGGACGUGAAGUUAAGGCAAUUGUUCGAAUUAAAGGUAAUAAAAUGGAACAUACAAUGAAAGGAAAAGAUGGAAAAGAAUGUGUAGUUGUUCGUUACGUCAAUGAUCAAGGUCAACAACAAAUUGAUUUAACAUGUGGUUCAGCUACAGCUCAUCGUUGGUUCAAACGUGCUGAUUGA